AUGACAGCAACUCGAAAACUUGAAGAAGACAUGACCAAAACGAUCGGCCAUGGACAACCAUCUGAGACACCUAGGACUCAACGCGCGAAUAAUGCACUCAAAGAGGCUCACCGAAAAGUGGACGCCCGUAUGCCAUACUGGUGUGCCUUCGUCUUCCUCACCAUGCGCAUGAACGUCAACAACAUUUCGAACACGGCGAUCCUGAAUAAGGAGGAAGGUACCGACAUACGAAAGCAACUUGGUAACCUUUCUUCAUCUCAAUGGGCAUGGGCUUUGAGCAUCUUCUGGUGUCCACAUAUGCUGUUCGAGCCGGUUGCAACGUUGAUGUUGAAAUGUUUCUCCCCAAGCAUCUGGAUGAGCUGGAUCAUGUUCACUUGGGGUGUUGUGUCGAUAUGUCAGGCUGCGACGCACAACUACUCCGGUAUAUUAGCUUGUCGCUUCUUCUUGGGGAUGGCCGAGGUGGGCUUUUUCCCCAGCGUGCUGUACCAUCUCAGCCUUUGGUAUCCUGCACACCGACUGCCGUUGCGUAUUGUGUUUCUGUAUGCGUGUGGCAUGUCCACGGGUACGGUCAGCGGGCUACUCGCGUAUGCGCUUUUCAUCAUCGAGGGUUACCCGCAGACUGUCGAUUUCCUGAGCGAAGACGAGUGCGCAGCCAUCUUAGCUGAUCUACCACAGCAAGCACCCACUAUGCGCGCAAAAACGUUUGACACAGAUCAGACCAAGUCUUUGUCCAAAAGCACAACCUUCCUCUCGUUCCUCAUGAUCUGGACAACGCACGAUAUCGGUGGAUGGGGCAUGUCGUUCGUUCUUCCAACCGUCAUCUACGAGUUAGGCAUUUCCAACACAGCCGUGUCUCAGGUUCUGACUAUACCACCUUUCGCACUUGUCUUCCUUAUACUGAUAAGUCUCGCAUACUUCAUCCAUCACGGGUAUCUCUCGCCUUGGGUUGCCGGUCUUGGAGUUGAGGGCAUACAGAUAGUAUGCUAUAUCCUCUUGAUCAACGUCAAACAACCAGUCGCGAAGUACAUCUUUAUCAUGAUAGCGACAGCAGCCUCUCAAUCUUCCUUCGCAAUUAUUUGGCCCGAGCGUGUACGUGUGGCUAAGGGUACUACGACAGCUGGACUGGCCAUUGGGAUGUCGAAUGCAAGCGGACAGCUCAUGGGCAUUCUUGGGCCCCAAAUCUAUCAGCCGAAAUUUGGUCCAACAUAUCGAAUUAGCUACGCCUGUUCUAUCGCGUUGAUCGCAAUGUGUCUGGGGGCUGUUUUGAGCACUUGGCACUUUGUGCGGAAGGGAGACGUCAAAGGAAUGGCAUUGCAGAAGACUGAAGAUGGGGUAUUGGUUGCGUAA